UUGAACUGCUUGGGAGAUGGGUGGACAAGACCUAGAGCGGACUGGCCACGGGACCAGUGUGCCUCUGCUUACUUCCCUAAGUUCAGGAACGGGUGGGAGCCCCCAGCUGAGCUGUUCAGGACCUCCCCAUGGGAGACAGAGGGAUCAGGGGAACUUUUCAUGUCCUCCAUGUCCCGCCCCAUGUCCCCACACAAGUCAGAAGAGUUUUUUGGAACCCAGUCUUCAAGCUCAUCAAAUGGGUCCUACAAUGGUCUGGCAUCCUCGUCCCGUAAAUAUGCUAAGAUCUGCUACCACUUUGUGGCCCGCAACGCCAACGAACUGUCAGUACUGCAGGACGAGGUGGUAGAGGUGAUAGAGGAUGAUAAACAGUGGUGGAAAGUGAGAAACAGGAGUGGUCAGUCAGGAUACGUCCCCUCCAACGUCCUGGAAGUGGUCACACUAGAGGAACCACACGGCAUGGCUGAACCACUCUAUAGCCAGGCUGGCCAGCCCUACAGCCCUACCUCUCCCUCCAGCUCUCUAGGAAGAGGGGAUAGCUUUGACAUGAGCCGCUCCAAAGACUGUGAGUCUCUUGCAGCCGUGUUGGCAUGGGUGGGCCCCGCUGGGUGGGCCCCGCUGGGUGUGCUGGGACAAAAAAGACAAGUUGCUAUACGCUUUGUUUAUGGCUAUAUGUACCAUGCCAUUGCCUACUUCCUUUUUUGACUUAGCAAACAAGAGAAAUGUUCUCUCAGCCUCAUGACAAAAUGUGUACAAUAGCAUGAGAUUAGCUAUAAAACUGCACACUUUUCUCUUUGCCCCCCCAAUAAACAUUUUUUCCGGGGGCCCACCCAGAUUUCUGUAGGCCUACCCACCAACUAAUUUCUGUCUAUGAUACUGGUCUCAGGUUUAAAUUCCUACUAAUCAAUCUAGAUAACUGCUUAUCUUAGCUAUCUGAGCUAUCUUUGCUUCAAUGUUUUUACAAGUUUCUCAUUUUAGCGAAGAAGACCUAAGCCCUUAUAGAUUAGUAGGAAUGCCUCCUAAACAGUUACUUUCCCUGUCUCUCCCUCCUCCACAUUGUUACCUCUGUCUCGCUCUAUCUCUCCCUC